UUCUUCUUGUUUUUAAAGGCGAAGAAGAACAAAAAAGAAGAAACCCCAUCCUCUUCUUUUCUCUCAUCUUCUCCUCCAUUUCUGAAAUCAAUCAGAACCCGUGAAGGAAGCUCAAACUCUCUCUCUCUCUCUGCAACAUUCUUAGCUAACGACAUUCUAAAGCUCAAGAAAAUACAAUUCCUAUUCUCAGAUGGCCAUUCAGUGACCAAUCAACCAAACCAAAUGUUGUCUUUCUUUCACUCCAUUAUAUCACUUUCUUUACUCUGUUUUCUUGUAACCAUAUCUUCCUCUACUAGUACUGAAUUCGACUUUGGUACAUUAACUCUAAGCAACUUGAAGCUCCUCGGCGACGCUCAUUUAAACAAUGGCAGCGUCCGUCUCACUCGUGACCUUCCCGUCCCCAAUUCCGGGGCUGGCAAAGUUCUUUAUUCUAAGCCAAUUCCUUUCAGGCAACCUGAAACUCGCUCUAUUACGAGUUUCUCUACUUUUUUCUCUUUCUCGGUUACUAAUCUAAACCCAUCUUCUAUCGGUGGCGGUCUUGCAUUUGUCAUUUCUCCUGAUUCUGAAGCUAUUGGUGCUGCUGGUGCUUGUCUUGGAUUACUCAACUCUGAUGGGCUUGGUUCUGGGUUCGUUGCGCUUGAGUUUGAUACGCUUAUGGAUGUUGAGUUUAAAGAUAUUAACGGAAACCAUGUGGGUUUGGAUCUAAACAGCAUGGUUUCUACUCAGAUGGCUGAUUUGGAUGCUGUAAGUAUUGAUCUCAAAAGUGGUGAUCUUGUUAAUGUUUGGAUCGAGUAUGAUGGUACUAAUCGUGCUAUCAAUGUCUCUGUUUCUUACUCCAAUCUUAAACCUAAAGAAUCGGUUUUAUCACUUAGUCUUGAUCUUGAUCAGUAUGUUAAUGACUUUAUGUAUGUUGGCUUCUCUGGUUCAACACAAGGGAGUACAGAGAUUCAUAGUAUUGAAUGGUGGAGUUUUACUUCUUCUUUCGAUUCAAGUUUUGGUUCUGGGUCUUCUUCUCCGCCGCCUCCAACGACUAAUUUGAUGAACCCAACGGCUAAUUCUGUUAAGUCACCACCGCCAUCAUUGGCACCUACCGGUUCUGACUCAAUUACCAGUGCUCAAGAAAAGAAUAGCAAGUCUUCUUCUUCCUGUCAUAACCAGCUCUGUAAACAAGGUCCAGGUGCUGUUGCUGGUGUUGUUACUGCUAGUGCUUUUCUAGUCAUUUUUGCUGGUGUUCUUAUCUGGGUCUUCUCUAAAAAGUAUAAGCGUGUAAAGAAAGAGUCUUUUGCAUCUGAGGUAAUUAAGAUGCCAAAAGAAUUCAGUUACAAAGAGCUUAGAUCAGCUACGAGGUGUUUUAAUGCUAACAGAAUUAUUGGUCAUGGAGCAUUUGGGACUGUUUACAAGGGUAUAUUGUCAGAGACUGGUGACAUUGUAGCAGUGAAGAGAUGUAGUCAUAGUAGUCAAGGAAAGACUGAAUUUUUGUCCGAAUUGUCAAUAAUUGGUACUCUUAGACAUAGAAAUCUUGUAAGGCUUCAAGGAUGGUGUCAUGAGAAAGGUGAAAUCUUGUUGGUUUACGAUUUAAUGCCUAACGGAAGCCUUGAUAAAGCAUUGUUUGAAGCAAGAACGCCUUUGCCUUGGCCACAUAGGAGAAAGAUUUUACUUGGUGUUGCUUCUGCUUUGGCAUAUUUGCAUCAAGAAUGUGAGAAUCAGGUGAUUCAUAGAGAUAUUAAGACUAGCAACAUUAUGUUAGAUGAAGGAUUUAAUGCAAGAUUAGGAGAUUUUGGUUUGGCUAGACAAAUUGAGCAUGAUAAAUCGCCAGAUGCAACAGUAGCAGCAGGUACAAUGGGAUAUUUAGCUCCUGAAUAUUUACUAACAGGAAGAGCUACGGAGAAAACGGAUGUGUUUAGUUAUGGGGCUGUGGUUCUUGAAGUAGGUAGUGGAAGAAGACCGAUCGAGAAAGAGACCACUGGGGUUGGAAAAGUUGGAGCUAAUAGUAAUUUGGUAGAAUGGGUGUGGAGUCUACACAGAGAAGGGAGAUUAUUAGUGGCGGCUGAUUCAAGACUCGAAGGUGAGUUUGAUGAGAACGAAAUGAGAAGGGUUCUACUGGUCGGGUUAGCUUGCUCGCACCCUGACCCACUGGCCAGACCCACAAUGAGAAAUGUGGUCCAAAUGCUGGUGGGUGAAGCUGAGGUCCCUAUUGUCCCAAGAGCAAAACCAACAAUGAGUUUCAGCACUUCACAUCUGCUGUUGAGCUUGCAAGAUAGUGUAUCAGACUGUAAUGGCAUGAUCACCAUAUCAACUUCUUCAUCAGAAAGUGGCUUCAAUAUUGGCGGUGAUGAGAUAGUUUGAUCCUGAGGGGGGUGGAAUUUUCCACAAAACCUUUUUUGUUUUAUUGACCCGUAAUUAUAUAAUUAUUAUAUUCAUUUAAUGUAUCUAUUUAACACAAUAACCUCAAUUAUUGAAUGUAAUCACAAGACUGUUAGGAACAAGUAAUGUGUUAAUUUUA